AUGGAUACCUUAUCAAACUCAUCAAAUCUUAAUAAAAUGAAAUCACAAAGUUCAAUAGAUUCAAAGCAUAAAAUAAAGGAAACACAUGGACAUCAUGCGAAGAAAGUACCAAGUAAAACCAAACAUUGGAAGCCUAAACAUUCUGUUGAAACUAAGUAUCAUCUGGGUGUAAGAAAUAUUAGGACGGACGACAUAAUUACUAAAGAUGAGGUGGAUUGUAAAUGUAUAAAAAUCAUUGGUCACUUGGAAAGCGUGGAAUGGCAGCAAUAUCCACGAGACUACCGUCCAAGUCCUGGCCAGCUUGCACUCGGCGACUGGACAUUGAACAAUUUUAUCUGGAUGAAUUACGUGCAAAAAACUGACGGCUUAAUAAUCGAUGAUGAUGUUCUCUUGAGUAAAGAUACAGCAUUCUGGGACAUUGAACAAGCGCAGAGAUAUUUCCAAGCUAGUUUACAUUGUGAGCAAGUGAUCCUGGCCUUCCAAUAUCCAUACCCUAGGCUGCCCACACCCCUAGGCAAUUAUUUAUGGAGAGCUAAUGUCGCAACAAAAGUUGAAUCUAAUAUCUAUCGAGCUGAAGUGCAUUGCGCUAUCGAAAUAACACUAAAGAAAAUGGAAGUAGAGAGAGCUCAGAUGGACCGGAUUAUAAUAUCCGGUUGCUACGUCAAACUUGUGCGACUUGAUUACUUCAGAAGGAAAACAUUUUUCAGACUCCUGUGUAAUAUAAUCAGUUUCCAAGAUGACCUUCAACUAGUUUCUUUCGAAAACUUAUGCUGCAGCAGGCUCGAAGGUGUACGGCUAAUACAACAACUGGCUUGUUUCAAUGCACAGACAUUGAAAUAUUUGUUCCUGUGGAGAUUCGUUAUGCCAAAUGAAAACCCUAUCCUUAUUAACUACUCGUAUUUGACCGGUAGUGGUCAGUAUAUACCCAGGCCGGACACAAGAAACACCUUUGUCCGCAGUCUUGGGGAGUUGACGAACUUACGAGUUCUAGCUCUAGAAUAUGCACACAUAGCCGAUGAUACUGGAGCAGUACUAUUGUCUCUGUUACCGGUGAUUAAGAGGCCACAUUUCCGAUUGCAGUUAAUUUGCAGAGAAGUUGCGAUCCCCGGUCGGGCAGAUACCUCUCUCGGAGGUGGAGGGUACGGCAUUCCUGACACCGCCUGGAGACGCGUUGCCAUUGCCUGUCCUGACAUCUACUUAUUCAUGGCGUUCUUUUGUAUUCGUGACUACGACAAUGUCAGACGGUUUUUGACGCCCAGUAUUCCACUCCGUGAAGUGCACUUACAGUUUGGCAUCGAUAUGUACAAAGUGCAGAGGCAGGAUUCUGACAUAAGCUGCUUCGUUCGGCACAUAGCAUAUCGCUAUGCUAAUAAUUUAGUAACUUUGAGUAUACAUCAAUGGAGAUUUGCAGUGUUCCCGUUGCGACGUAUUUUAGAAUUAAUGCCGAGGAUUGUGCGUUUUUUCUACAUCGGCAAAGUUGAAGACGAAGUUGAUUUAAAAAGAUUAUUCAACUUAAUAGCCUGUGGAGUUUGUAAAAAUUUAAAACAAGUACAAAUACAAAUACAGGACGAUGAAGACAAAAGUUCUUAUUGGAAAGACGUUGUUGAAUCUUUGACGGAGGAGUUUGCAGACAUCAUGGAGUUAUAUGACAUAAAACUAUGCUUAAGCAUCUAUAAGAGUUGA